AUGACUGGAAAAAUAAACAAUACAGUUGAUGACGUAAUAACUAAAGCAUUUAGAAAAGAUGGUACGAAUAAAAAUAUCGCUGAUAAAUUCGCCCAAGAGUUUAAAAAUAAUGUACAAGGCUACCAAGUAAAAGUCGGAACAUCGUACAGCGAUAGUGUACCUGUUACGUUAGGAACAGCACAAGGUUCUGUUAUCGGUCCGCUUCAUUAUCUGACCUACGUCAACGACAUCACCAUGGUCAUUAAACAUUGCACUGUGUACCAGUUUGCGGAUGAUACAUGUCUGAUGGCUGCUGACAGAGACAUCGCGGUGGCUGAACGCCAGAUACAAUCGGAUUUUGAAGCGCUUUUGUGUGUUACCUUAGCUGUACCAGUAACAAGAAAUGACCGUUACAUUGAGGUAAUUGGCGGUGAUGAUAAUAUUCAUGUUGUCGAUUUAGAAGAGAACAUCGAUGAUGAUUUACUGGAACGCAUGACGAGAAAUCCUUGGAAUCUUUAUUUACUUUACACGCGAUUAAAUCCAUCUUCGGCUCAGCAUUUGCAAAUAGACAAUAUAGAUUCCAUUUUAUCAUCAAAUUUUAACCCAAACGUGCCAACUGUUGUGGUGGCUCACGGAUGGUUCAGCAACCAAAACACGAAUCUGAAUCCUGUUAUCAGAGAUGCAUAUCUCGAAAGCAGCGACGUCAACGUAAUCAUUCUAGACUGGAGUAGAAUUGCAAUGGGUAGCUAUCUAAACGCCAUCGCUAACGUACCUAAUGUCGGCAAAGCUUUGGGACAUUUUUUGAACUUCCUAAGCGAUACAACUGGAGCGACGCUUGAGUCAAUGCACUUGGUUGGCUAUAGUCUUGGCUCUCAUGUUGUUGGUAAUGCUGGAAGGGAAGUCAAGGGCAAAGUUGGACGUAUCACAGGUCUCGACCCAGUCAGUCCAAUUUGGCACAACAACCGAAAUCGCUUAGACAAAACUGACGGAAUCUACGUUGAAAUCAUCCACACAAAUGGCCGUGGUAGCGGUAUUAACAUGGCCCUUGGUCACGCUGAUUUCUACCCUAAUGGUGGUAAUGAUCAGCCUGGAUGCUCCACAAGCAUUUGCAAUCACAACCGUUCUUGGGAAUUAUUCGCCGCUACAAUUAAAUAUAAUCAUUUAGUUGGUAAAGAAUGCUCGUCAGAGGAUGAAGUAGUAUCCAACAAAUGCAAUGGAAGGUCUUAUAAUAUGGGCAAUGGAGAUAUGUCAAAAUUUGGAACUGGAUUAUAUCGAUUGACGACUACUGGCAGUUAUCCUUAUUAAAAAGUAUUUAUACAAUCUCAGCCAAUAACCAG